AUGACUCCAUUUUUAUUAGAAUAUAAACAAGAUUUAGAGAAGCACAUUCACAGUGAAACUUCUGGCCACUUUAGGAGACUGUUGAUAUCACUCACUGCUGCUGCUCGUGAUCCUGACAGUAUUGUUGAUAAAAGCAGAGCUAGGCAAGAUGCUCAGGCUCUUUAUAAAGCUGGCGAGGGAAAGUGGGGAACAGAUGAAUCAACGUUUAAUCAGAUUCUGUGUGCUAGAAGUUAUGCUCAUCUUCGUCUUGUCUUUGAAGAAUACUCAAAAAUAUGCAAGUAUGACAUAGAGCAGUCCAUUUCCAGGGAGAUGUCAGGUGAUCUUAAGACAGGGAUGACAACAAUUG